AUGAGGGCCCUGAUUCUGUUCUGUCUUCUGAUGAGUAAUACCAGUUCGAGCCUCGCACAAUUCAACGGAUACAACUGCGACGCCAACUUCCACAGCCGAUUCCCUGCGGAGCGGGAUGUCAGCGUGUACUGCGGCGUUCAGACCAUCACGCUGAAGAUCAACUUCUGCCCCGUGCUGUACUCGGGCUACACCGAGGCCGACCUCGCUCUCAACGGUCGCCACGGCGACGCCCAGUGCCGGGGGUUCGUCAACAACAACACCUUCCCCACGGCGGUGCUGUUCAGCAUCAGCCUCAACACCCUGGAGGCCUGUGACAACAGUCUGGUCGUCACCACAGCCUAUGGAUCUAACGCCUAUGGCAACACUUCCCUCGUUCAAAUCGGAAAUAUCUCGGGAUAUCUCGACACCCCUGAACCCGCAACGGUAAUCAGCUACCUGCCUGGCCUGCUGUACAAGUUCAGCUGCAGCUACCCCCUGGAGUACCUGGUCAACAACUCUCAGGUGGCGUCUUCAUCGGCGGCCAUUUCAGUCAAGGACAAUAAUGGUACAUUUGUGAGCACAAUGAGUAUGAUGUUGUACAACGACUCAACGUAUAACCAACCUCUGUCCAUCCCCACGGCCGGCCUGGCUCUGAAAACGAGAGUAUUCGCUGCGGUUAAAGCCACAAACCUCGACAAACGAUGGAACAUCUUGAUGGACUACUGUUACACCACCCCCUCAGGGAACCCAAACGACGAGCUGCGCUAUGACCUAUUCUUCGGGUGCAACAAGGACCCCCAGACUACGGUGUUCGAGAACGGGCGGAGUCAGUCGGGGCGCUUUGCCUUCGAGGUGUUCCGCUUCGUGAAGCACCGGCACCAGAAGAUGUCCACCGUGUUCCUGCACUGCGUGACCAAGCUGUGCCGCGCCGACGACUGCAUCCUGCUGAUGCCCAUCUGUGGUCGGCGAAGACGACGAGAGGAGGAAGGAAGACAAGACUCCAGCCUCGCCUCGUCUGAUAAGGCGGUCCUCUCAGCGGGGCCUAUCAUCACCAGGAGUGAUGAAACUCCAGCCACUAAUUCACAACUUGGAUCAAACGACUCUUCGCUGCCAAUCAACCCAGCGACCAGCGCCCUCAUAUCGGGCGUGGUCAUCCUGGGCGGGACCAGCCUCGCCUUUGUCCUGGUUGCGCUCCGCCUCCUUCGGAGGUCCCGCCCCCCAACGAUGACAUCAUCAGGGGUUUGGAACCCAACCUUCAAAUGA